AUGGCCUUGUGGCUUCGUUUACCCAUUCUUUUUAAAUACCAGGGCUGUCCGGCACGGGGAGUGUAUCGUCGGGCUUAUUGCGGAGUGGUGAUGAAAUUCCGAAGUGCUGACUCGAACCAUGUGCUUACCUCAAACCUGCCAGCUAAUACGAAUGAUAUUUUUAACGUUCGAUCCCCGGAUACUUUGAUCUCUAAUGAAGUCGAACUGGUUACACAGCUGGGCAGAAUGAUUGCCGACGGAUAUGAUAAACUUCAGGUAAUAUCCGAUUUUGACCAUACCAUCUCCAUGUAUCGCGACGGUGAGAUAAGAAUGCUCACUACACACGAAGCAAUUGAAAAACAUCCGGAUAUCGAACAAUCAACGAUAGAUAAGCUACGUGACUUACGCGCGCAUUUUUUACCGCUGGAAACCAACUAUACCCUAAGCCCUGUUGUGCGACGUGCCAAUCUGGAGCGGUGGUGGAAUAUGUCACACGAACUCUUGCUGUCUGAGCCAAUCACCAGAAAAAUGAUCACCGAGAUUGAGUCAGUUGCACCGAUCGCUUUGCGAAAAGACUUCGUGAAAUUUACGAACUAUCUGCAAGAGGUUCAAGUCCCGCUGACUAUAUUUUCUGCGGGAUUGGGUGAUGUGAUCCAGCAAAUGUUGCACAAUGCCAGCAUCAAACUGGACUCAAUCAACGUGGUGGCGAAUUUCAUCGAGUUUGACAAGAAUAACAAAACCCUAUCCACUGUGCUUGAGUUAGGUGCGUUCCAGUCAAUGCGGAGCACCAGUCUGACUCGGCCGAACGUGAUCUUGUUGGGUGAUUCCGCGCACGAUAUUGACAUGAUCAAAGGACAUCAGUUCAAUUCAGUUUUGAAGAUUGGUUAUUUGAAUCAGCCGGUAAGUGCUAUCCUCAUGGUUUGUACAUAUAUAUAUAUAUAUAUAUAUAUAUAUAUAUAA